GAUCAAAUUCGGAUGGACCAGCAAGUUAUGGAUCAAUAUUUCAGGAUGGAAAUGGAAUACCUUGGCGAUAUUCAGAAACAAGAGUUUGCCCUAAAAAUCCAUCAAAUCCUUGUACCGAACGUGCAGAUAUUAGAACCCUUGUCUCCAAAUUAUUGCACAUGUAUGUUUUUAACGCGCAAUUACCCUGAGUUAAUUUGCAAUGGUACUCUGAAACUUUGGAGUCCCAACAUCGAUUGGGUUAAACCAUUCUUAUUGGAAUAUAAAAUAAAGAAAUACAUAUUUCUUUACUAUUGUAUUCAGCUUCAAAAAUCCCUUUUAAACUAUCAGUCCUAUGAAAUGCGAUUAUCGUGCCGGCUUUACAAUCCCCCCGAAUCACCUUUCUCGCGGGAACUCAUUAGAAAUUGUACAUCUGAGGCCUCUUUUCCCAAAACACCGCCUAGGCUGUUGCCGAAUGGAUAUUUUUACGAACCCGAAAUAAGAAGGGUUUACAUAUUCUGGAAACAUCUGCAUGAAUUACAAUGGAACGGACCCGAAUUCGGAUAUACGGCUAUGAGGUAUACUGAACAAAGUAAAGCGGGUCUUACUUUGGACAACACGUCUGCGGUGUUUUUGGACUGGGAUGACACGCAACCAGCCACUGUCAAAAUAUGGAGCAAAAACUCCGUGGGUCUUUCGCAGAACUUCACAGAACUAAAGCUGCCGAUCUUUGCCAGUUCCCAUACACGACUGCCGAGGUCCCUUCUUUAUAAUGACAAGGAUACCACUUUGAGCUGGAAGCCUCCUAGCGACGAAAAUAAUCUAGAAGGUUAUACUGUCUACUGGUGUUCCGCCUCUACCAACACUUACCAGAUCUGUGACGAAAAGGAAAGCAUUAAAACGGAAUCAGUGAACUCUUCCCAGCUUCAAUUUUCGUUUCCGACGUCAAUGGCCUCGUCCAAUGUGGCAGUGGCAGCCAGGUACAAGGAUCAGGUCAGCGGCGGGAUGCAAUGGAAUGGACCUAGGUGGACCCAUUCGAAAUUACACUCUUUGGACGCUGUAAUAAUUCUUUCUUUGGCGCCCAUUGUCGUUUCAAUCGUUCUUAUAUGUAUCUUCUUGGGCUAUCGAAAAUACAAAAAAAUGUCUAAUAUCAGAGUGGAGCUUCCUGAAGGCCUACUGACGAACCUUCCGCCUGCUUCAUCCGCAGCUACUGCCAUUUCUGAUUCAACUGCAGUUCCGAGGAAAUUUCCCCCGCGAGCUAUCAAUAAUUUCGAGUUUUUAACAUCCCAAGCUCGGAAACUAAGUGAAUCACAAAUCAAUGCCAAGCCGAAAAAAGCUCAGAAUGGAAAGGAAUCGGUGUCCAAAGGAUCAUACAGCUCCUCUACUCAGGAAAAGUGUUUCAAUGAAGUUCAAGGAAACUAUUGCGAAAUGACACAUUUUCCUAUUGCGAGGGGCUCUGCUGGAUCGUGCAGUUCACCUCCUGAUAAUGAAGAAUCUUCGAUGGCUUCAGGAUCAUACAGCUUGGGCCCAGCUAAGGAAAAUAGCUUCGAAAUGAGAGGCCCUGUCAGAUCGCACAGUUUAUUCCCCGAUAGGGAAAAGACUUUGAAUCUGACAGAAUCAACAAUUGCCACAGGAGCAUACAGCUUGGGCCCAGUUAAGGAAAAUAGCUUCGAAAUGAGAGUCCCUGUCAGAUCGCACAGUUUAUUCCCCGAUAGGGAAAAGACUUUGAAUCUGACAUCAAUUGCCGCAGGAGCAUACAGCUUGUGCCCAGUUAAGGAAAAUAGCUUCGAAAUGAGAGUCCCUGUCAGAUCCCACAGUUUAUUCCCCGAUAGGGAAAAGACUUUGAAUCUGACAUCAAUUGCCGCGGGAGCAUACAGCUUGUGCCCAGUUAAGGAAAGGCCCUCGGAAAGAAGAGGACCUGACAGCUUAUGUCCUGAUAAGGAAAAGUCGUCGGGCACUUCAAUAGACACAGGAUCUUACACUACACUUCCCUCAAAAAGAUGA